AUGCAGCGUCCGAGGACCAGAAAGUCGCUUCUGUUUUCAAAUGUUGUUCCUCCUGGUACUGAGGAUAUCCAAACUGCAGCAACUUCCAAUCUGAACCCUGCAGCAACUUCCAAUCUGAACCCUACAGCUCCAAAUCAGACCUCUCCCAUUCUUGAGCCUGAUGCAAGUAAGAGUCGAAAGUAUCAAUCUGCAACAAAUGCAUCUAAGUCACUGUCAAACCAGGAUCGGAUAAGGACCACCUUAGCACGGGGAACUGCUUCUCACCGGGAUGAAGAAAAUGCAUUAGAUGCAGCAGAACGUAGCACUGAUCGUAGCCUGAACAACAGUCACAUCAAUAAUUCCAACCUGAGGAACGAUGCAGACCACUCUUGUCCUAUUUCAAGCACACCUGAGGUUGAACAUGGAAACAAUAAGUCCCCCAAAACUGAUGAUGGUGGCAAUUCAAAAGGGAAUCAUACUCCAGAAAAAUCUAAGAAGCGAAAGUCCACAGCAACAGAGAUACAUGCUGUCGGAAAAACGUUAAGCUUGCAGAGUAUAUGUUCGCGAAAAAUCCGAAGCUUGUUCGAAGAUAGGCUGGAAGUCGGAGCAUACUCUUGGCCAAGAGUGAGCCCAGGAAUGAAAGAUUUCUAUUGGAAUGAGUUCAAGGAUCCUGGAGAGGAAAACCAGAUCAAGGAGGCAUGGAAAUUAUUGGCAGCAGAACGUUACCGUGACCUUAGAAGGGACUUGAGAGAAUGGGAUGAAAAACCAUAUUUUGUUCAGGAGGAUGUGUCGUUGAGCUUCACAAAUCAUUGGCAAGUUGAGGAUUUCAUGAUGGUUGGGAGAAGGAAUUCCAAAAAUCGUCGCAGCCCCAAGGGACCAGUUUCUCACAAUGGAGGUUCCGUCUCAUUCAUUGAGCAUGCUUUGCUGCACUUGAACGUACCUUAG